CGUACAAACACUGAACACGGAACAUACAAACACUGAACACAGCGCUGCUCGUCCGCUAUGCAUCGCUCAAUCGCCAGGCUCGUCUUGCUCCUUGCCAUUGCCGCCGUGUCCUGCGGCUUCUUCGUCGUUGCCCAUGCGAGCUGCUGGCCGCACGAGAGGGACGCGUUGCUGGCCUUCAAACAAGGCAUCAACGACACCAACGACGUCCUAGCCUCGUGGCAAAAACGGCAUCAUGACUGCUGCCAACGCUGGACAGGCGUCACCUGCAGCAACGAAACCGGCCAUGUGACCGAGCUCGACCUUGGUGAAACGGGUUUGGUCGGCCAGAUAAGUCCUUCCUUGCUUUCUCUCCAGCAUCUCGAGUACCUGGAUCUCAGUUUGACAUACCUGCAUGGCCCUAGUGGUCAUGUUUUCCCUGAAUUCCUGUGUUCUUUACACAACUUGAGACAUCUCGAUCUCUCCUACACAUCAUUCUCUGGUAGAGUGCCUCCUCAGCUAGGCAACCUUUCAAAGCUGGAGUACCUGGAUCUCGCCUGGACAUCCCUGCAUGGACUUAAUGGUCGUGUUUUCCCUGAAUUCUUGUGUUCUUUACACAACUUGAGACAUCUCGAUCUCUCGAACACACUCUUUUCUGGUAGAGUGCCUCCUCAGCUUCCCAACCUUUCAAAGUUGGACUACCUUGACCUCUCCGGCGUGCUAUUGUCCGGUAUACUGCCUCCUCAGCUUGCCAACCUUUCAAAGUUGGACUACCUUGACCUCUCAGGCACGCUAUUGUCCGGUAUACUGCCGCCUCAGCUCGGAAACCUUUCAAACUUGCGACACCUUGGCCUCAGUUUCAUGGAAAAUAUACACACAGCGGAUAUCUCAUGGUUAACGCAUCUGCAUAUCCUGGAAUAUGUUGAUUUGAGUGACAUAAAUCUCAGCGCCGUCGAUGUGUUCCUUGUGGCAAACACAAUUCCAACUCUAAAGGCCCUUAUUCUUGCCAACUGCUCACUUCCAAAUGCAAACCAGACGCUCACACACCUAAACCUCACAAAACUUGAGAACCUUGAUCUCUCCAGAAACAAUUUGGGCCAUCCAAUUGAAACCUGCUGGUUUUGGAACUUAAAAUGCAUCAAGGACCUAGCACUAGUUUCGACCUAUCUCUAUGGCCCAUUCCCUGAUGCGCUAGGAGGUAUGACAACCCUCCAAAGCCUAGAGUUCACCAAUAAUGGUAAUUCUGCCACAAUGACGGUAGACUUAAAAAAUCUCUGUGAUCUAGAAUCCCUAUGGCUUGAUGGUGGCCUCGCGCUUGGGAACAUAACAGAAUUUGUAAGGAAGCUGCCACAAUGUUCGUCGAGCAAAUUGUUCUUCCUGAGUUCGUCUGACAACAACAUGACAGGAACAUUGCCAGAUAUGGUGGGGCACUUGACCAGCUUAAAAUAUCUUCUCCUUUCUAAUAACAGCAUUACUGGAGCCAUACCAUCUGGGUUAAGAAAACUUACUAGUUUGGACACGCUAAAUCUCAAUUUGAACCAACUAACUGGCCAGAUACCAAUGUUACCAAGAAGCCUCACCGAACUGGCCAUCUCUAUGAACUCCUUGUCAGGACCUUUGCCAUUAGAUUUUGGAGGUCCAAAUCUUAUACAACUAAGUCUGUCCUCCAAUUACCUUACUGGUCAUGUUCCUAAGGCUAUAUGUGAAUCGAAACACAUGGCUAUAUUGGAUUUAUCCAAUAACCUUUUUGAGGGAGAAUUCCCGCGUUGUUCUGCAAUGAGCAUUGCAUUUCUACUCUUAAGUAACAAUAACUUCUCCGGAAAUUUUCCAUCUUGGCUCAAGGCCAGCUAUUUUUUGAUUUUCCUUGAUCUUGGGGUGAACAAGUUCUACGGAAUGCUACCUGCGUGGAUUGGACAAUUGGUGAACUUGCGAUUCCUGCAGCUAAACCAUAACAUGUUUUACGGGGAUAUUCCAGUCAACAUCACAAAUCUUAAACUACUUCAAUACUUCAGUUUAGCGAGCAACAAUAUAUCAGGAUCAAUUCCGUUGUCCUUGUCCAAAUUAACAGCAAUGACCCUAGACCAUCCGCCGAGAGUGGGGUCUAAUUGGUUAGAAGAGGAAACAAGUAAGGGUAUUUUAUCUGUGGUGAUGAAGCAGCAGGAGCUUAAAUAUGGCACGUCUGCAUUGAACGAGAUGGUCAGCAUUGACUUGUCACUCAACCGCUUAACUAGUGAAAUUCCAAAUGAGAUAGGUUCUCUUAAUGGAUUGUUGAAUUUGAAUCUAUCGAGGAAUCUCCUGAGCGGGAAAAUUUCUAUGAAGAUUGGGUCUAUGAAAUCACUAGAAUCGCUGGACCUCUCAAGGAACAACCUCUCCGGUGAAACCCCAUCAAGCUUGUCAGAUUUGACGUUUCUAAGCUCCUUGGACUUGUCAUACAAUAGUCUUGCGGGAAGAAUUCCGACAGGAGGUCAACUUGACACCCUCUACAAUGAGAACCCGUUCAUGUACAGUGGCAAUAGCGGUCUUUGCGGGCCUCCUCUUGAAAAGAGUUGCCCAGGCAACGAUGCACCUGAGCAUGGUAAUCAGCAUCAGGGAAGUGAAAAUGGUUAUGAUCCAGUGUUGUUCUUCUACUUUGGGCUAACAGCUGGCUUUUUGGCGGGACUCUGGAUUGUUUUCUGUGCUCUACUGUUUAAAAGAUCUUGGAGGAAUGCUUAUUUCCGCCUCUUCGAUAAGCUAUAUGACAAUGUGUAUGUGUUCUCCGUUGUUACUUGGGGAAGGAUAGGCAGUAAGGCAACUGCAAGUUAACUGGUGUGCCAAAUCAAAUAAGGCCAACCUGGUCUGGUAUCAUUGUACUAUUGAAGUAUAUGAAGUAAACGAUGUAACCGAACUUUGAUUUUUAGCAGCAAGUUUCAGACGCACUCUUUUCCUUACCAGGGUACCUAAGGGGACUGGAAGGUUUUUAAUGAGGCGGCUUGCGUGCUUAAUAUAUUAUGUGUUUACCUAAAAAAAAAAAUAGUAGUUUGUAUAAGCAUUUGUGUAAUACGAACUUUUUUAUGUAUGUA